AUGUAUCGCCAAAAAAAACCUAGCAACAAACAUAAUAUAUUCAUACGGGUACAAUUAAACGGCUGCCACUUAACGGAAAGCCAGUCGAAGUUAUACCUAGGCCUCGUGCAGCCUCUUGGUCUCGUGCAGCGGUCGCCAACAGGCGGACCGAUUCAAUUAGAACUCCAAAGAUGUCCAAGUUGGCUAGCAGUUUCCUCAAUCAACCGAGUGCUCCGUAACCUAGCAGCGCAAAAAGAGAAGGCGAACAAUCAGCAACCUUCUCCUGAGUGCUCGGCUCCAGUGUACGAACGUCUUCGGCUACUUGGCGCGCCAGGAUCUUCCCCCGGCUGGCCUAGAGCUCCCUGGCCGACACAAAUUGACGCCAGGACACCACCUUACCAGCUUCAUAGUCUUUCUCCUGGACCUCAAGCGAUCAGUUGUAAUGGCGGAGACAUGACCACGAUGAAGAAAAGUGAAGAGCCCUUGGAAGGGCUGGAAGGUCUCCACUCAGACGAAACAGGUUCGGGCGACAACUCCAACGCUGGCUCAAGCGGGGCCGACGACGAUGCUGCACGGCUAAGAUUGAAACGCAAGCUGCAGAGAAACAGGACUAGCUUCACCAAUGAGCAGAUAGAUAGUUUGGAGAGAGAAUUCGAGAGAACACAUUAUCCGGACGUGUUCGCGCGUGAGCGAUUGGCUGCCAAGAUAGGCCUUCCUGAAGCCAGAAUACAGGUAUGGUUCUCGAAUCGUCGCGCGAAGUGGCGGCGCGAAGAGAAGAUCCGCUCGCAGCGCCGCAGCCCCGACUGCGCCUACGUGGCGGCGCCCGUCGCGCACCCGCACCCGCCGCCCGCGCACCCCGCGCACCCCGCGCUCCCCACGCACCAGCCCUACCAGCCGCCGCUCAACGUCGACACUUACAGCCCCUUGACCCCUAUGGGCUACGGAGGUGGGAUGGUCCCCGAAACUCCAGUGUGCGAUACCACGGAUCCUGAGCUGUGCAAGAGUGGGUUUCUGGGGUACCCGCGCUAUGAGCUGGGCUACAGACAGCCUCCCCACCCAUAUGUGAACCACCAUGGAUACCAGCACGAACCGGCCUCACCACCACCAGAACUAGGAGGACUACUGGGAACAGGUGUGUCAGUACCAUUAGCAGUCCCCGGACAGGACUCGCAGCAGUACUGGUCUCGUCUCCAGUGA